AUGUGGAGGCAGGCGGUGCUGUUAAAACAGCUGCAGGUGCAGCUGAAGAAAGCCAGAGCUGAAGGUCUGCUCAUGGAGUCCCGAGUCCGAGAGGACAUCGGCAGAGAGUUCUCGGAGCUUUUCUCCGAGAUGCAGAACGAUUACAAUGAGCGUCUGGCCAGGGAGAGAGAAAUCCUGGAGGAACGAGCUGAGAGGAGGCUGGAGAUUUUCAAGAAUCUCAUCAACAGAAUGGCUGCUGGACCCAGUCGAGAGGCAGAAGCUGUGGUAACACAAACUUUCAUUUAUUGUCCUUCAGUUAUUGUUGUCUUUACCAAAUUUCGAAGGUGUUACUGGUGCCGUACUUUUGUUCCUUUUCUCUCUUAUUUAGCCGGUGUAGCCAGAGGAGAUGAGGAUGAGGAGAAGAGGACGCUCCUCUUCGAGCUCCAAGAAAUGUCAUCAGAGGUUUCCCGGCUGGAGAAACAAGUGGGAGACCUGCAGAGGACGGCAGAGCUGGCCCGAGAGAAGAGCUCACGUGAGAAAGAGCAGCUGCAGGGGGCUUUGACGGCUCUCCAGAAGGAGCUCCGAGCCAGAGAAGAGGCCCUUGCUGUGUUGGAGGGCCCCACUUUGGGAAAAGAGGAGGCACUCGCAUCUUUAAAGGAGGAGAGGAAAAAAAGAGAUGAGGCCGUUGCAGCGCUUGGAGAUCUAAAGCAAAGUAACGAGAAGAUGCUGGAGUCCUUUGAAGAAGAGAGAAAAGGCAAAGAGAAAGCAAUGGCAGCCCUGGAAACUGAGAGGAGAGCCAAGGAGGAGGCCAUGGCAGCGCUCGCUGCUCUUCAUGAAGAGAAGAGUAGCAGGGAGGAGGAGGAGAGGAAGGAGAUAAGCAGGCUGGCAGAGCAGAGGAGGCAUGAGGAGGCGGACGCGCUCCGACAGGAACUGGGAGAGCUGAGCGUGAAACUGGAAACUGCAGAACACCAGGUGACCAGCAACGCAGAGAGAGCUGAAAAAGCUUUUGUCCAACUACAAGCUGCUCAAGCACAAGUGGAUGAACAAGCCAAGGCGAUUCAGGAGAAGUGUUCCCAGAUCCAAACUCUGAUACAGGAAGCUGAAAGGCUAAAGCAGGAAGUGCACGCCUCUGCAGUGUCACAAGGUGCGAAUGAGAAACUGCAAGAGGAAGUGUCUCAGUUUCAGAAGAGCCCGGCUGAGGAAAGACAGAAAACUGAGGCCAAGCACAGAGAAGUGCUGCAUCUGGAGCACGAGCUGGCUGAGGUCAAACAACAGCUGGCACACAAGCAGCUGGUCCUGGACCAGCAGCUGGAGCUGUGGAGUCAGAAGGAGGCAUCUUCAAAACAGGAAGUUGAAGAACUGCAAAAGAAACUUAAGCAGCAAGGAGAGAUGCCGUCGUCCUCAGAGACCGAGAGGAUGCUGGAGGAACAGGACGGUCAGAUGGAGGAGAAGCUAGCAGAGCUGCAGAAAGAGCUGCUGGAAAAGGAUGCACAGGUGACAUCCCUGAAGAAGAGUUUGCAGGAGGCUCAGGAGCAGCGCGAGGAGGACGAGUGCCAAGCCGUUCAGGAGGCCCGGCGCAAGGAGGUCGAAAGGAGACGGGAGCUGCUGGCGGCGGCGCACGAGGCCAUCGCUCAGAAGGAAGCCGAGCUGAAGAAGAGAGACGAGGACAUCAGCAGGCUGAAGGAAAACGCCAAGCAGGACUCAGAGAAGGUGAAGAGCCUCAGCGUGGACCUUCAGAGGAAGGAGGAGGACUCUUCAGACCUCAGAGAGAAGCUGGCUGACUACAAGAAGCAGAUGCAGCAGGUCCAGAAGGAGGUGCACGCAUUAUUGGAUGUUUCAGAGCAGUCAUCUCAUGCAAAGUCUGACCAGACGCUGCAGCUCUACCAGCAGGCCUGUAAAGAGCUGGAGGCCAAGGAGCGGGUGAUGGAGGGCAUGCGUUUGGCUCUGUCGGAACAGGAGGAUACUCAGGAGCAGAUGGAGCAGGUCCUGGAGGAGAAACUUAACCUCAAUCAGGAGCUCUCCAGUGAGGUGGACAAAUUGAAAGAGAUGCUGCAGCAGCAGGGAAGUGGAAACAACACACACCAGCAGCUCGGCAACAGCCAAUCAGAUGACUUAAAAAGGGCCAAACAGGAAGCAGCUGAAGCUCAGGACAGCGUGAAGAUUUCUGCAGAGAAGCACCAGGCGGACCGCAGGAAAUGGCUGGAGGAAAAAGUCUCCCUUACUGGCCAAGCUAAAGAGGCCGAGGACAAGAGGAACCAAGAAAUGAGGAAGUUUGCCGAAGACAGAGAGCGCUGCACUCGGCUGCAGAGCGAGCUGGAGUCCCAGCUGGCCGAAAAGGAGAAAACCAUGGAGAAUUGGAGGCAGGAGCGAGACACUCUGGUCGCAGCUUUGGAGGUCCAGCUAAAAAGGCUUCUUUCCAGCCAAGCAGAGAAAGACGAGCUCAUCCAGCAGCUGCAGCAGAAUAACACACAGCCGCCACAAGAGGUCACUGGCGGCCUCCGAAGAAUGCGGCUGGCGACGCUGCAGGCUGCUCUGUCUGAAAAGGAGGCAGAGAUCCUGAGGCUGACGGAGCAGCUCGAGGCCUCCACGGUGAAACAGGAGGACACAGUGACACAGCAGCAGGCUGAAAACAAAGAGAGCUCUGCUGCUCUCACGGAGAAACCCAGGAGUGAAACCAUUGUCAGGAAGUCUGGAAGGAAGGAUACCAGAGCGUCCGUCAGCAGCCAGGUUUCGAGCGGCUGUCCGUCAGUCCUGGAGUCCUCUGAGAUUUCCACAGAGGAGGGCAGAAUGAGUCGCUUCCCUCGGCCCGAGCUGGAGAUCUCCUUCAGCCCGCUGCAGCCCAACCGCAUGGCUCUGCGCCGGCAGGGAGAGGAGGGCGCCGUCACUGUCAAAAUCACCCGCUCGGCACGCAAGAGGAAGAGCGGCGAGAUGGAGAAGGAAGAAGUGGAGGCGGAGAACAGGCGGAACACGAGAACCAAACUGACGCCAAAGCUGACCCCACACCGGGAAGAGAGCUCUUCCCCAGCGGGUCGUCACGACUCCCAGAUCAGCGUCCGCAGCAGAAAGGAAGGAACGCUGCAGAAGAUCGGAGACUUCCUGCAGAGCUCCCCCACGCUGCUCGGCACCAAAGCCAAGAAGAUGAUGAGCCUGGUGAGCGGACGGGCCGGCGCAGAUUCAGCAGCCUCCUCGUCCUCCCUCAGUCUGAGAGCAAAGAAGAACAAAAGGAAACUCUACAGGCCCGAAAUCUCCUCCCCCAUCGACAUGCCCGCGCACCCGAUCAUCAGCAGAGAGCCGGAGGAGAAAGAGAGCGACCAUCAGAUCAUCAAGAGGCGCCUUCGAUCCAGGAAGGCCAAAUAAUUUAGUCCAUUCGGAGACGCGGCCCGCGCCCGUGACCAUUUCCAGGCUAAGCUAACAGCCUGCUGCUACUUAACCCAGACAUGGUGGUGAUUUCAGUAUUUUCCCGACCGAUUCAAGUAUUUC